AUGAAUGCAUUAUCAUCUGAAGCAGCAACCAAGACAGGUUCAGGAGCAUCAUCAGGCGAUGGAGAAACGAUACGAAUCAGGGCAUCAGAGACGGAGACAGAUGCAGAUGAUGAGAAUAACCUGCGCAAGAUAACUCCGCCGACCUUGAGACCUACCAAUGUACCAAUAAUCCCUGAAGCGGAUACAUCAAAAGGCGCAGUUCACAAUGAACCACCUUCAUCAUCAAUACUGCAACCAUUGAAUCUGAUUCCCAAUCAUCAACUUCGAGAACACGACUACUUUUCCGAUUCUUGGAUCAUUACCCGCGAGAAAUUUCUAAACCUGGAACGACGCCGACUGGGGAUUGUCGAAGAUGCUUGUUUUGUCGCCAUUGGGAGUGGUGGCUCCGUCUAUCCCAGUAGCAAAAUGUUUGUGGAUUGGACCGAUUUUAUGGUCGAACACAUGAGCAAAUGGUGGAACGAAUUGCGGAUUCUACAGGAUUCCGACUCGGCCAUGUUUGAUUUGGCACUUUCCUAUUUUGCUGCCUACAUUGAAAAAGUAUUCGCAAGCAAGAAUAAAGUACAACCAAGUACGUUUCAUGAAACCAUCGCCGUGGUUGCAUUUGCCCCCUACAGGAGUGGCCGCCACACUGCGGAUCGCGGACACCAACUCACGGUUCAUUCCUUGGCCGCCACACUGGCAUCCUUGCAUCAAGUGGGAUUUGGUCGAGUCGUUAUUGCUGGAUAUGGGCAAGAAGACCAGCGUCAUGUCGCAGCAUCCUUGAAAUUCCUUGCAGCACAAGCCUCAUCAUCAUCCAAUCAUCAUGACAUAGUGCCAGAUCCCACGAUGAGUACAACUCAAAUCAAGAUUGACAAUACCGAAUUUGGAUUCGCCAAGGUCAACCAAGAAGAUUGGAUUUCGACGCAGUGGGUCAAAUUCAACAUGCCUCGUGGCGCAGUGAUUGGACUUCAAGAAGCCCUAAUGGGCAAAAUUCCUGAGAAGGGCCAGGAUGGCAACGAUGCUGCAGUGACAUGUUCCCCGGCAUGGUUGGGAACUACUCACGAUGCUUCCUAUUGGAAAUACGUCUAUCUGACCGAACCUGAUACCAUAUUACAUACCAAACUUGAACUAUUGCCGGCCAUCCGAAAGGGCUUGGACGAUGGGCUGUCAUUCUUUCCCCAUCGACUCCAACCAAUACCCCAUGGAUCCGAUUUGCCGAGUGGAAGGAAUGCAGAUGCGGCUAUCUCAUCGGAUCAUUCCGGCAGGUUUGUUCCCAAUCACAUUCUUCCCUUUUCUAAUGUCACUAUCAUGCUCGAUCCUACUGAUACAGUAGAUGAUACUACCACGAAAGACACGGACGAGGGUAGUGUCGGUGUCACCGCCUACUAUUGUUGCGAUGCUGGACCAUCCCCCGAACAUGAAAAUUGUGGUACUUGGUGGUGGACCUGUGGAUUCCACGAUGGCUUUGUCCAAGCGACCAUGAGCCAAGAAGAAGCCUUGGAAAAACACAAACGCCUCGCCAUGUAUCCUAUGAUGCGAUUGAAACAGGGCACGGGAGUGGUGUUUGGACCGACCGAACACGGGCGCAAAUGUGUCCCGUCCAAGGAUCCGUGUCCACAAUCGAACGAUAAUCAAUGA